UAUCUCUCUCUCUCUCUCUCUCUCUCUCUCUCUUAUUUAUUUUUACCAUCUGCAUUGCCUCCUCCGUCAAGAUAUCGGAGCUGUCAACAUUUGGUGGAUUAACUAACUAGUCCCAUCCAGACUCAAACCAAUGGACUCAAAGUCAUUUCGUGUCAAGAUGGCGAGCGAGCAGUGGUGCCGAACCAGCUAUGGGCACAAAUCCACUGGUUCUGCACUGUACUGGGGCUGGAUCCUGCCACUUCAUUUUUUUGGAGGUACGUGGCGACUUGGAUGUGGAGCUAAAGUGAUGAUUACGGCAGCCAUCCUUAUCCUCGGAGCUGGUCUCGUCUCCGUGUUGUCCACCACAUCUCUCGAAACAGAGAUUAUGGAGAUAAUCGGGCAGCGGAUGGUACAGCGCAGCGCAAGGGUGGAGAGGAUGUGUCAGCGUUACAGCACUUCCCUUCUCCAGCAAUACUCGAUGUGGGUGGGGACCCCUGCCAACUGGACAUCAGUGAACCAAAGUCUAUCUUAUCUCGACCUGCUAGUACAUCGUUACCACCGCCUUAUCUGGUGCAAGGUACCAAAGGUAGCAUCCACUUCUCUGGUGCACGGCUUCUUGCGGGUGCUGGGAAGGGAUGAUCUCAUACAAUCUGUGCCUCGUGGUCAACUGCAUUCUGUCAUUCGUAACCUCAUGCCACACCCUUCACCUCAAGAGGAUCUCUCUUCCUUCACUGCCUUUCUGGUUGUCAGGCACCCUUUUCAAAGAUUGCUCUCAGCUUACAGAGACAAGUUGCUGAAUCGACUAGAGCAUACUCAAUUUUCGUGGUUUCGAGACCAGUAUGGCUCUUCCAUUAUCCAGAAUCACCGGCGGCAUCCUAAACCACAGCGAUAUCAGGAUGUGCCCACCUUCAGGGAGUUUGUAGAAUACUUGAUUGUCACUCCAGUGUGGGAAUAUAACGAGCACUGGCGCCCCUACUACAUGACGUGUGCUCCUUGCCAUCAACGGUACUCCAUCAUCAUGAAGUUAGACUCAAUUGAACUAGAGUCAAAUUAUCUUGUGCAUAUAACGGGUCUCCCUGAACUCUCCCCAAAGCACGUCCACGCCACCAUUAACACCUCGUAUGCUUAUCCUUCACUUAGGAAUAGAAACAAAAAAUUUCAACUGAGUGACUUUCAUAUACAGCGUCUCCAUCACAAGGAUCGAACUGGUGCAUCUGACUCAGACAUAGAAUCCAGCUUCUUUUCGGACCUUAACAUGCAACUAUUAAUGAAGCUAUACUCUGUUUAUAAGAUAGAUUUUGAGAUGUUUGACUUCAGUAUUAGUCCUUAUGAUAAAUAUGUUCAGAUGAAUAAAAAAUCUAAAUUUUCAUUUAUUUAUUUUUUGCCAAGUGGGUUUUUCAUGAAAAUUAAUGAGCUAAAGGAGGUACUUUUUUGGUACCACUUAUCUGAAAGGCCACCCGCUAGGGAUCCGUUACCCCGAGUAAGGAAGCUCUUUCUGUACUCGGACCGUGACCAGGAUUCGAACCCGUGCGCUUGAGGACCUCUUGGACCCCAAACCUGCAUGGUUCCAUUGUAUGUAUACACAAAAAUAAAAGAAAGAAAA